CAGGGGUUCCCCCCCCCGAGCUGCUCCUCUUCCUCAAAAGAUGCCCCGUUAUGAGCUGGCUUUGAUCCUAAAAGCCAUGCAGAGGCCUGAGACAGCUGCAACACUGAAACGCACAGUGGAAGCUUUGAUGGAGAGAGGAGCAGUGGUGAGGAAUUUGGAAAAUUUGGGGGAAAGAGCACUGCCAUAUAGAAUCUUAAAGCACAAUGAAGAUCACACCAGAGGAAGGUAUUUUCUGGUAGACUUCAAUUCUCCACCAACAGUUGUUUCAGCCAUGAUGGACCAUUUAGGACGUGACAUUGAUGUUAUCCGGUCUACUGUUGUAAAGCACCGUGUGGUAAAGCCAGAAGAAUGUAUGGGCAUAAUACCAGUCAGUAAUGAAGAAAAACUAGCUAAGAAGUAGUAAUAAAUAACUGAAAGCCAUAGAGACAUUAUUACUACUAAUUUGAACCCAGUUGUAAGGAUCUACAAAUUAUGCCGUGUGUGUAGAUGUAUAUUUCAACAUAAUGUUGCUUUUGGCUAUUCUGCAGCAAAUAAAGUUUUAUAUGUAUUCUUAAAUCUGUGUAUUUGAAAAUCAGUUUUUAGUUUUACUUUUAAAAUAUUACAUCUAUUGUUGAAGUUAUGUUUGUCCUGCCCUGAAGACUUUCAGGCUAAUGAAUAUUUUUUUAAAAAAAUUAAAAAGCAAGCCUCUUUGAACAAAUUAGGAUUUCAACAUGCCUAUGGUCAGACUCUUAAACUAGCAUUGGUUUUCAGUUGUGACCUUUCAGACUGUAAUGCUCUUCUUUGGUGCAAAUACUAUUUAAUGGAAAAUUUGUUAAUGAAUGUAAUAAAAAGUUACAAAAAGAACUCUUUACUGGCUGGUUUACAGGGGUUAUAAAAGGAAAUAAAUUUUAGCAAAUUCAUUCUG